CCUUGAUAAGGCAGUGAGUUGUAAUCAACAAUCAACCUUUUUUUUGGAUUUCUGGGGUUCACGCCUCUACUUACCUUUUAUCAUGCCGCACGAAGAUGACAUCCCCGAACUCCCCGAGGAGGCGCCCCUCGAGACCGAUCUCUAUGAAACUUUGGGUGUCAAUGGUGAUGCGACCGCCGAUCAGAUCAAAUCCGCGUACAGAAAGCUGGCACUAAAGCAUCAUCCCGACAAGGCCCCAGAAGACGAAAAAGAGGAAGCGAACAAGACGUUUCAGCAAAUCGCCUUCGCCUAUGCAAUUCUGUCGGACGAGCGCCGCCGCCGCCGAUUCGACCUGACCGGCAGCACGGCCGAAGCGGUGGACGAGGAUGACGACUUUAACUGGGCGGAAUUCUAUCGGGAGCAGUUCUCGAGUGCAGUCGACGUGAAGACGCUUGAUACAUUCAAGAAGGAAUACCAGGGUUCAGAAGAAGAGGAGAGGGACCUGCUCAUGGCGUUCGAGAAAUACCGAGGCGACAUGGACAAGAUCUAUGAGUCGGUCAUGCUGUGUAAUGUGCUCGAUGACGAUGAACGCUUCCGCGCCAUUAUCGACCGGGCGAUUACCGAUGGCAAGGCGGAGAAGUACAAGAAGUACUCCGAGGAGCCGGAAAGGAAGCGACAGCAGAGACUCAAGCGCGCCCAAAAGGAAGCCAAAGAGGCGGAGGAGGCUGCGAAAGAACUAGAGGAGAAGGAGGAGGAGGAGGCCAAGGGUACCAAAGCAAAGAAGGGAAGGAAGAAGAAGACCUCCGCCAUGGACGAUAACGCUCUCAUGGCUCUGAUCCAGCAGCGACAGGCCUCUCGUGCCGAAUCAUUCUUUGAUCGGCUUGAGGAGAAAUAUGCGCCUGGGAAGAAACGACCGGCCAAGGUCGAGGAGCCACCCGAAGAAGCCUUUGAAGCUACGGCAGCUCGACGCUCAUCCAAGAAAAAGAAGGCUCAGGCAUAAGUGAUUCCUUGGCCAGAGAUUUGUUGGCUCCUUU